CGCCUCUCCCAAGAUUAAAGGAGGAGGCUGCCACAGAAGUGUGUCCCCCCUCAGCCAAGAUCCUAAAGAAUGGCAUAACACCACACACACUGCUGAGGAUGGAUUCUCCGCCAGAGUGUGUGUUGUCUCUUUCUUGUGAGCAGCCCCAGUCUCCCCCAACACUGCCAUCCCUGGAUCACAGUCCCCAGGCCUCCUCUCUUCACACCCAGCUCUCUCUACCUAACAGUCCAGUUAUCCUGCCCAUUCAGAGCCCCGAACCUUCCCCCCAGAGCCCUGACACCACACCUUAUUUCAACCUUUCCCCCUUCCCCCUCCACGAAGACAAUAAUAACAAUCACCAUGAUGUUGAUGAAGAAGAUGACGAGGAAGAGCUGGAUGGCGUUCCUCCAUCCCCAACCCCAGCAGUGGCUUUGUUCCCAGGAGGAGGCGGACAAGAAGCCGGAUGCAGCCCUUGUUUGGACUCCUCUCCCCCAGUCACACCUUCGGCACCACUCCUUGGGUUUGGAGCUCUGGAGCUGGCCCUUUCAUCAGGGCAAAGUGCAAACUGCAGUGAUGAGUUGGAUCUCCAGCUCUUCCAGAAGGACACCGUCACCAGGGCGAUACCUGGAGUAGGAGGGGCUUCAUCAGGGCCUGCGCUCAGGUUUCCCUGUCAUGUGUGUGGGAAGAGAUUCAGAUUCCAAAGCAUUUUGUCUCUUCAUGCUCGAGCUCAUAGUCUGGACCGGGACCGCCGAACUUCAGCCCUCUACCGAGCUGGACUCCCCUCAGCCCCCCUAAAGCAGCACCUUAAGGUCCGACAGAACCACAAGGACAUAAUCCAGAACCAUCGAAGUCACCCUAGCCAACGCUUACUGACAGGGACUCUCAUCCAGCAUCUGACAGAGGAAGAUGAUGUUGAUGGUGAGGUCAAAGGUCUAGAUGAUGAGCUACAUACAGACCAGAAUCCACACUUUCUGCUGGAUGACAGCACACCAUUGACCCCUCCACUUACUGAGGACCCUGUUUCUGUGACCUCACCCUAUUCUUCUAAUCCUCCUACCAUAGGGGAGGCUGCAUCCACACUAAUAGCGCCUACGUUUCGCUGUCAUGCCUGCAAAGGAAAAUUCCGUACAGCUUCGGAGUUGGCGCGCCAUGUCCGCAUUCUCCACAACCCGUAUAAAUGCACUCUUUGUCCUUUCUCUGCCAGCCAAGAAGAGAGCCUGGCAUCUCAUUUGCAGGAGUGCCACCCUUCCCCUGAGGUAUCUGCUCUGCCCCCGGCCUUCAAUUCCAGGCCAAUCAUUGCAAACCCAGACACUCCUCUGCCUACUCCAACCCAUACCCCAGCUCCAGCCCCAAGUACUCCCCAGUUGACAUCAGCAACAACAGUAGCUGCAUCCCCCGCACUGCCAGCAUUUCGCUGUGAAACUUGUGGACAGCGGUUUACCCAGUCUUGGUUCCUCAAAGGACACAUGCGAAAGCACAAAGACUCCUUGGACCAUAAGUGCCAGGUAUGCGGCCGUGGCUUCAAGGAGCCUUGGUUCCUCAAAAAUCACAUGAAAGUACAUCUCAACAAGCUUGGGCUGAAAGCUGGGCUGGGAACCCUUGGGGGACCAGGAGGUGCUGAGCAGCAGGCCAAAGGCUCUGCAAGUAAUCAGUCUCUUAACGCCCUCUACUCUAGCCUCCUUUUGGCCCAGAGAGGAGGGGGCAGAGGUGGACAAGGAAGAUCAGACAGGGACACUGGAGGCAGAAUGGGGAUGGGCUCAAGCAAGUCUGCCAUCCUGGGCUACCUGGGGUUGCCUAGUGAUGGCAGUGGGGCCAGCUGUAUGGAGAGACUCCAAGCUGUGGCUCAAGUGGCAGAGAUGGGAAAUGGUGGUGGUGGCAGCGUUGCUGGCUCAGGAGGAGGGGACCCAGGAAGAGGAGGGGGAGCGACUAGAGGAGGGGGCACAGGUGACAUCACAGCAUCAGUAUCUGAUGGAGGGGACCAGGCAACUUGGUGGCAGCUGGUGGCUCGCAGCCUGGCAGUUGCUCAGCAACAGCAGCAGAGGCCCCAUCAGCGAGGCCAGCAGCAAGGCCAGCGAGGCCCAGGUCGCAGCUCUGUGAUAACUGAGGCUGAUCAAGUAAGAGCCUAUCUUGGAGGCCUGGAUCCAAGAGAGGAGACUGCAGGAGCAGGAGGGCCAUGGGAAUGCCCGGACUGUGGAAAGCUAUUCCGCAGCCUGCAGCAGGUGGUGGUUCAUGCUCGUGUUCACACUCAAAAGCCCCAGAAAACUGGUGGUGGUGAGGAAGAGGGGAGUGGUAGUCGUAGAGGAGCAGGGCUUGGAAGAGGCAGCAGUGAAUCUCAGCUAAACAGUGGUGGAUCCCAACAAAUAGGAGACCUGAGACAGGAAUCUAAACUACACAGUAGUGGAACACAACAAGCAGGAGCAGCUACGGGAUUUCACUCUGUCAUCUCAAGCUUCAAAGGAGAAAAUGGUAUGACAGCACUCUCCUCCAUACCUUCAGUUCCCACCAGGGAGCGAGUGCGUGGUAGAGGGAUAAAAGACUGCCCCUACUGUGGUAAAGCCUUCCGUUCAUCACACCAUCUCAAAGUGCACCUGAGAGUUCACACAGGUGAGAGACCCUACAAAUGCCCCCACUGUGACUAUGCGGGUACCCAGUCCGGCUCACUGAAGUAUCACCUUCAGCGGCACCAUAGGGAGCAACGCAACGCCUUGUCAGCCUCCUCCAAUUCCUCCUCCACUGGGCUCACCUCCACUAUCAACAGUCUGACCUCUGGAACCCCUGGGCUGGUCAAGCAGCGCCGAUCCCAACCCAAUCACUCCCCAGUAAACCGAGGCCCAACUGAUACCCCCACCUCAAGGCCCAAUCAGCAGUCUUGGCUCCUGGGGCUUCCAGACCAGCGGGAGCAUCGUAAGGCCUUGGCGGCUCUAAGGGAUGUUGACUUGGAGACCCAGUACAGGUAUUUGUCUGGGGUGAUGGGAGCGCUUUACCAAGGUGGAAUGGAAGGAGGCUGGAUCAGGGAGUCUCCCCCACCGAAGGCCCCCAAAGUGUCCCGACGUAAGCCCCUUACCACUAGCCGAAUGGUUCAGCCAUUGGGUGACAAGGAAGGGCCUGCAUCUUCAACUCAAGAGGGUGGGUUUGAACCCCUGGAUCUGUCCCGUCGUCCCUCUCCUGGCCUCGGAGGGAUGGAAGAGGAUGGAGUCAUUAGCGUAGGGGAUGGAGGAAUUGGUGGUGGUGAUGAUGGGGGAGGGGAUAGUUCAACAGGGGUCAAACUGAGCCAGUGUUUGUUCUGCCCUUUCCGCACAUCCUCAGCGGAGCUGAUGGCCAUGCAUCUUCAGGUCAACCAUACCAGUAAGUCCAGACGGAAAAGGGGUUCUUCAACCACCUUAGAUGAUGACAGAGCCCCAAAGGCCACCAUGCCUCGGAUUGAUCAUUCUGAACUUGACUCCCAUGGCAUAUGGAGGCAUGUGAGUGAGGUUGAGUCCCAGUCCCUCAUGGGAGAAUGGUCCUCAACCCAAGCCCAGAACAUCAAUGGGCUCUCUCAGGAUGCAACAGAACAUCUGGUUGAUGGCCUUGACCACCCAGACUCCAACAUGGCUUCAGUACCCAAUACUUUAAGUGAUGGUCUGGCUCUCAAGGGGAAGAUAGAGGAAGAUGAGGAUGACCAAGAGGAGGAACUGGAAGAAAAUUUAGAGAGUAGCAGUCUGGAGGAUUCACCAGAACCGGACAAGGAUAUGAGGAUGUCCUUUGCUCUCUCACCAGUCCUGAGCUCCAACCACAUAGUGGGAGAGGAGGAUAAAGUCUUAACAGAUUAGAAUCAUAUUGGAUGGCACCCUUUAAGUUUGAGAGUUGGGUUCAACUACACUUCAAGAAUUAAAAGAAGGGGUGGGAAGCUUUACAGAAAGAAAAGGGGUUAACAGUUAAAUUAAUAUUUGCCCCUUUAUACUUUAAGUUGUGGAUAGAGGAAGAUUCUUGACUCCUGAUGUUUUAGAGGGUUAUGAAAAGAAUGGAAAGAAAAAUCACAUUAUGUUCCCGAU